AUAUUUGUAAAGAUCUAAAAAUGCAUUUCUAAGGAAGAAUAAGACUGGAAAAUGCUUUGCAUAUUAUUCAUGUUUAGAAUUUAAAAUGAUCAAAACUCUUUUUAUAUUUCUGUUAAAACUAUAUUUCAACUUUUACAGUUUUCAUCACCUGGCCGUAACAGACGCUGUCUGCAUCCUUCUGCCAUUUUCCUUCAUAGGAGCUUUUUUUCUGUGUAUAUAUGAGAACUUCAUGGGUGUAAUUGUUGUCAUUUGAUUUUAUAUUUGUAUUUUAAAAUAGUUGUGUCUGAAUGUUAGGAAGUGAGUUAAUGCAAAUGGCAGCUGAAAAUUACUCUGUGAACAAUGUACAGAGCUUUAUAAUCACUGGAUUUGAUCACCUCCAGAAUCAAAAGCUCCUCGGAUUCCUCAUCUUAUUAACCUACAUGCUCAUACUGCUUGGGAAUGGAAUUAAUCUGUGUGUCAUCUCGAUUAACCGACAUUUACACAAACCAAUGUACAUAUUAAUCUGUAAUCUAGCCAUUGUUGACAUAAUAUUCUCCUCUACCUGCAGCACAACCAUGAUCUCAGUGCUGCUGGCUGAGAUUAAAACUGUUUCAUAUUACUCUUGUAUCUCAAGGACAUACUUUUAUCAUCUCGGUGGUAUCACAGCAUGCAUGGCUUUGACAUUGAUGGCAAUAGACCGACUUAUUGCCAUCAGGCUUCCAUUAAGGUACCACAGCAUUGUAACAAAUUCACGAACAUUUCUGCUUAUUUCACUGACUUGGCUCAUUGGUUUUGCUAUAAUGGGUGUUGAGAUAUCAGUGAUAGAUAGCGUCCCAUACUGUCAGCCUGUCAUCAGAUAUGUGUUCUGUGAUUAUCCAUCUAUGAUCAGAGCUGCUUGUGUUAAUCCUGAACCCUAUUUUUUCUUGCCUACAAUGAUCAAUCUUUGGUUGCUGUGUGGGCAGUUUCCCUUUAUUCUGUGUACCUAUGCUGUCCUGGCUUACAGCGUUACUAGACUCUCCAACAACUCAAACAAAAAGCAAAUGAUCAGCACCUGCUCCAGUCAUCUCAUUGUCUUGUUUAGUUAUUAUGCACCAAAGCUGGUUUCUAAUUUACUAACUCGAAUAGGAGUCGUGUUAAGCUUAACAGACAGAAACGCAAUAAUAAUCAUAGCCUCUCUUGUUCCUUCAUUAAUAAACCCCACUGUUUAUUGCACCAGGACUAAAGAGAUCAGGAAACGAUUAGCUGAUGUAUUUUUGCACAAAAGAAUUGUACCAAAUCACUUAAAGGCUGUAUCAUAAUAAUAUUAUAUGAUAAAAUUAUAUAAUAUGGUAUUAAAUAUCAUGGGUGAUUCUGAAGA